AAAGCUGCUGAAGACGAAUUAAAAAUUUUCGUUGGUCAAUUACCAAGUCGUGUUAACGAAGAUGAAAUCAGAACCUAUUUUGAAGAAUGUGGUGAAAUCACCAAUGUUAAAGUUUUAAGCGGUAAUCCACAAAGAGUUGCUGCUUUUGUUACUUUUGCUACUGAAGACGGUAAAAAUGCUGCUAUUGCUUUCAACGGUAAAGACUUCAAUGGUAACGGUCCACUUAGAAUUAAUGCUGCCAACAGCAAACCAUCAGAUGGUGAAGGUGAACCAACUACCAUCGUCGCCAGAAAUAUUGCUUUCUCUGUUGAUGAAACUUUAGUUAAAGAAUUCUUCCAAGGUUGUGGUAAAAUCACUCGUGUUUCAUUACCAACUUAUGAAGAUUCAGGUAGAUUAAAAGGUUUUGCUUUCGUUUCAUUCGAUUCAGAAGAAGCUGUCGACAAAGCUAUUGCUUUAGCUGGUACCAUGUUUGAAGGUCGUGAAAUCCAAGUCGAAAAAUCAGUU